UAAUGCGAUUCGGCUUUGGAAAAGGCCUGGAAAUAUAGAAUAUAAAGAAUCGGCUCUUACCCCUCCCACCGAAGCCAUUCGUUGCUUCAACCUGCCCCCCUCGACCGGAUCUAACGGGGCCGUAGUUAAACCCUGGAGCGCCUCUUCACCUACGCAACAAGAACUCUCACAUUUCUUUCUCUGAGCCCCUCUCUCCGUGGACUGAAUCUGAGCACAAAUUUAAGUGUGAUGGCGACACGGAUGGCUGCGAGAUUUGUGUCCAGAAGGCUGUAUAGCGGUGGCGGUGGCGGUGGCGGCAGAAUACUUAGUGAGGAGGAAAAAGCUGCGGAAAAUGUUUACAUUAAGAAAAUUGAGCAAGAGAAAUUAGAGAAGCUUGCUCGCAAGGGUCCUCAACCUGACAAUGUGGCGGCGGCAGGCUCAGGGGGUUCGGUAACUGAUGCCAAACCCGGCUUGGGUUCAACAGGAACAUCAUCUGCUGAGAAAGUUUCAACUGACAAGUACCGGAACUAUGCAGUUGUCGCUGGCACCAUUACAAUUCUUGGUGCUCUGGGGUGGUACCUUAAAGGCACUGCGAAGAAGCCAGAAGCGCAGGAUUGAGGCUCACUUUGAUGAUUGCAUUGGUGCAUGUUCUCAUAGUUUGGUAAUGGUAGCAGCAGCUAGACAAAUAAAUAACCACACAAUACCUUUGUUCUUGGUUCCAACAUGCUAUCAAUAUGAUUGGCUUCUUUUAUGUUUUUGAUAUUUUUGCAGAUGAUCUAUAUUUUCUAGAUUCUACGCACUUUGCGUGAGGACUGAGGAACAUCGAAUUUGUUUUGACUGAAAUAGUUAUAAUGGAGAUUGAUAAUUUGUGUU